AUGGAGAGACAGGAGAUUCCUGAGGAUUGUGGGAUUAGAGUAAGGAAUGUUGAUGCUUCUCAUAGGCAAACUCAGGGCAAAUUUGAGCCGAUCACAUAUGCCCAAAAGAAAAAAGAAGUAGAUGAAAAGAAGAGGGCAGAAGCUGAAGUAAGGAGGAAAGGGAAUGAGGAAAAAGGCCAGCCAAAGAAGAGAGGUAGAAAGCCUAGAGGUGUUCAGCAGCUGAAACCAAGUGUCCCUUCUGAUCUGGUGGAAGAACUUGCUGAAGAUGUUGUUAAGAUUCCUCUUGUGAAAUUCAAAUUCUCAAAGGAAGGAAAGAAACAGGUUGAGGUUGAGGACAACAAAGUGGACAACAAAGGGGACAACAAAGCUUGUGAUAGUGAAAUAGAGGAUGUCACUGACAAUAAUCCUUUUGAGAAUUUGAACGUCUUACCUGAAUCUGAUGUUGAUGAAGAAGAAAAGAUUAGGAAUGAAAGGAUUAAAGGAUUAAGGAGAGCAAAUGUGAAGUUUGCUAAAGAUGGGAGUGCAUUGGAGCCACAGCCAAAUCCUCAUGUUUUUCCUAUUAUUGGAGAGAACGGGCUGACAUGUAUGAGGAAGAACUGUGUACCCUCUGUUGCAAUAUAUGAUCCUUUCGCCCCUGUUGAUCCGGCCAGAUUGGAGAGAUUAUUGGAACACUUAAGUCCACACAAGGCUACCCCAUAUGGCAAGGCAGUCCCUGAAAUUGAAUUCUACAAGAGACUCAUCACUGAAAGAAAGGAUUGGCCAGCUACGGACAAUAAGUAUGGCUGGCUGAGGGACGAUCAUGUGAGUGCGUUUAUGAGACUCCUCACGAAACGGUUCCUUGAAGACCCCUGCCCAUUCCACACCAAAGGUAUUGCGUUUUUAGACCCGUGGUUUAUGACAAUGCUUCCAGCAAUUCUCAACGCAUUAGUCCCUGCUGAAAUCCGUCCACAUAGUAAGGCGAUGGGACUGUGGCGUGUACUCUCUCAAAUAUGUGGAAUGCCUAGCACUUGGUGUUAG